UGGUGAGGGCCACUCAAACAGCUCAGUCCUUUUCUCAUUAUCAGCGAGACAGGAUGAAGAGCUUUGUGUUGUAUCUCAGCCUCUGUGUGUUUCAUACACUUGUCUUAUCUGAUGCCAAAAGAGAAGUCUCUAUUCGAGUUAGUCCCAGCAGAUCUCAGUUCCUCCAGUAUGAGAGCGUCUCUCUGAGCUGUGAGGUCUCAGCCGGAGGCGGUCGGCUAAAGAGGAAUACAACCAGCAGAGGAACUGAGUCCUGCCCGUACAGCUGGGGAAACCUGGACCGAUCAACCUGCACCAUUGACACACUGUACCCCUCAGAUACUGGAUUCUACUGGUGCGAGUCCAGUUCAGGAGCACAAAGCGAGGUUGUGCACAUCAAAGUUACAGGUGGCUCGGUGAUCCUGGAGAGUCCGGUCCUUCCUGUGAUGGAGGGGGACGCUGUGACUCUGCGCUGUACAAACAGGAAGUCUUCCUCCUCCAGUCCCACAGCAGAUUUCUACAAAGACGGGCUUCUCAUCAGGAGCAGCUCCACAGGAAACAUGACCAUCCACAGUGUUUCUGAGUCUGAUGAAGGACUCUACAUGUGUAACAUCUCUGGAGCUGGACAGUCACCAGACAGCUGGCUGGAGGUCAGAGUUUCAGACUCAGCACGUUCAGGUUCUCCUGCAGCCCCCGUGAUGUCCGUCUCCAGACUGAUAUGUCAUGUCUUCGUCGGGUCUCCUUACCUGCUGUCCACCAUCCUACUAGGUCUCAUAUACAGAGACAACAGAAGAGGUGAGAGCAGCAUUUGGCCUGCUCAGCAUCUCAAAGAGUUGCAGAGGACAGAGGCCACAAUGUCAUCAUUGAGGUGGACUAAAUGAGAAGACCGCAUGAUAUUGAUUAUUAUGUUUAUGUAUGUCUGUAUUACAUUUAUGUGUUAGUGUAUAUGUGUUAUUCACUGUGAGGGGGCUUAGUACACCCAGAACUAGUAAAUCUUAUCUAACCUGGACAUAAGUUUUUAACUGCUUAAAUGGGAUUUGGCCUCUUUGAUUAAUUGUCCUAUUUCCCAGCUGCUUUUGAACGCACCAUCCAGUGCGCUGUCCGCGGUGCUGAAAAGCGCGUCGGUUCCGUUUGGCUCCUCUUUCUCUUCUCUCUCAUUGCUUACUCAGAUGUUCCGUCUCGAGCCCUCACAUGUGAUCACGUGAACAUUUAAUUUCAGUAAUAGGUCUCAAAAAGCAGCACGAGUGUCUAGAUCGCGGCUCGCAGGCUCGUACGUGGCAACGUACGUGGUAACGUCACACAAAACGCUAUGUUCCCCGCCGCGCCUGCCGAAGAUCGUUUGUGUCUGUCAGAUGGAGACCUAGACGUUUUUCUGGCCUGGAGAAACACCGCGGGAGAUGAGCACAACGUUGCCACAGCAACAGACCUGAAACAAAAGAAGACGAAGAAGAAAACAGAAUGAGCUCACAGUUGACUUACAGCUACCUUGUCCUGCAUUCAAAACCUUACUGUAAAAGUAAAAGUAAGUAAAAGUAGUAAAAGUAUGUAUAUUAUCAGCAAAA